AUGGUCGAAACUCGAGGCGCCCGGCCGUCCUUCGAUGGCCAGGAUACACCAGACUUUCCCCCUUUCCCUUCAGAAGAAGGCGACUUUGACCAAAAGCCCCCUCAUACUCUUGAAGAUGAGGAGCAUGGCACACCUCCGGCUGCCAAAAAACGCCGUACGGACGCUGGUCCCGACGCCGAGCUUUCACUUUCCAGCGACAACAUCUUGAUGGCCGAUCAGCAUGGUCCUGGCCACAAGAUUGAAGAGGAACUCGCAUCGGCGCUUGGAGAGGGGGUUAUCGACACCGUUGAACAGACCGACCGUACUGUCACCGACCCUGGUCCCCAUGAUACCUCCGGUGCCGCGGCAAGCCAGGACGGCAAUGGUGACAUUAACCCCGACGUCGCCUCAAUCAUUUCGGAGAUCAUGGACCAUACCGAGCGUCAGGAGCAGACUGUUGCCAUGGGUCCGCAGGAGAUCCCGCCGUCCAACGAGUUCCCCGGCGCCAGAGGCUUUGCUUUCCUGAAGGCCAACUCCCACUUGAAGAUCCAAUCUCUCCCUAUCUUGGACAACCUGUCUACCCAAAUCCUGUCCUUCCUCUCCAAGAACACCUACCAGGACCUCACUGCCAUGGUCUCCGAGCCGGAUUCCGAGAACGGCCAAGCAUAUGCCACAAUGCGCUCUUUGUUCGAUCAUACGAAGCGAGUGUAUACCGUCAAACACUCCUUCCUUCAGCCCUCGGAUCUUGAAAUUACAGAUCCGUCGCAGAUCGACGUCAUUCGCAAGGCGAACCUAGCUUCCUUUGUCUCGAGCAUUUUCGGCUCUCAGGAAAUUGGUUUCGCCGAGUUGAACGAGCACUUCCUGGACGUCUUUGUCCCGGAAGGUGGUCGCUUGCUGAAGGUCCAAGGUGCUCUGUACCUUGAGCUCAAGACACAGGCCUUCAUCGCCGCCAUGAACAACAAAGCCCAUACCCGUACCGAGCUCCUCUACUCUAUCUUCCCAGAUGACAUGGAGCAACGUCUGCUAGCUAGACGUCCUGGCACCCGGCAACUUGCGCCUUCCGAGACGGACUUUGUGAACCGUCUUACGUCUCGCCGUGAUAUUCUUCUCAACGACAUCAACAACGAGGAAGCGCUCAGUGCCUUGCCCGAUAAGUACCACUGGGAAGAUUUUCUUCGGGACCUGAGUUCCUACAUCUCAAAGAACUUCGAUGCCAUUAAUACCCAACAAGGAAAGAAGCCUAUUAAGGGACGGCAACCAUCAAGCUCGAAUGGCGACGCGCAUGAAUCACCCAAUACCACCCACCAGGGUCAAUUCGCGCUCAACCAACAAGUUGAAGUCCCGGUCGACCGAAACAUGCAUGGUGAUCUUGUGGCACGUGCUGCCCGAGCCGCGCAGAUUGCCCUUCAGGGCCAUGGCCUUCGACGGUCCCAACAGCAGUCUCAGUCGCAGUCGCAAGCACAGCAACAGCAACAGCAGCAACAACAACCGCAACCGCAGCAGCAACAACAACAACAACAACAACAACCGCCACAGCAGCCCCAAUCUCAGGCCAGCCCAUCUCCCAUGCCCCAUCAACCUCAACCUCAGCAACAGCAGCCACCACCACAGAGCCAGCCUGAGCAUCAAUACCUUCAAGGUUACACUGCUGCUCAGCAACCCCAAUCUACACACCAACAAUAUCACCACAGCCCUACGCCACCUGGCGGGUAUCAAACGCAGCAAGCCUCACCGCUUACCUUCCAACAAAGUCCGCUGCAGGCAAACUUCCAGCAGUACAACCCAAACGCGGCUCAAGCCAUGCAGGCUAGAGCAAACGGCAUGUCUUCCAACCAUGGCUAUAUGCCUGGAAUCCCUCAUUACUCUCAGUCACAACCUACCCAAGUCCUCUAUGAACGUGCUCGCAUGGCUGCAUCCGCCAAAUCUUCCCCGACUAGCCGCAAGUCCGGCUUGCCUAGUCAACGCAGACCCUGGACCACAGAAGAAGAAAAUGCUUUGAUGGCUGGCUUAGACCGGGUCAAGGGCCCUCACUGGAGUCAGAUCCUUGCGAUGUUCGGUCCUGGUGGAACGAUCAGCGAGGCCUUGAAAGACCGCAAUCAGGUUCAGCUCAAGGACAAGGCUCGUAACUUGAAGCUUUUCUUCCUCAAGAGUGGGAUCGAAGUUCCUUACUACCUGAAGUUUGUUACCGGUGAACUGAAGACCCGCGCCCCCGCCCAGGCAGCCAAGCGUGAAGCUCGUGAGCGGCAGAAGAAACAGGGCGAGGAAGACAAGGCCCAUGUUGAGGGUAUCAAGGGUAUGAUGGCUCUUGCUGGAGCUCAUGGAACCCCUGUGCCCGGGCAUGAAAUGUCCGCCUCUCCCAGCCUUCCACCGGAUGCCAACAGCCAGUCUGUGUUUGAUCAAACGGCCGAGCAAAACCUGAUGCAGACUCUCAGCCAGGAGGUCCACGGAAACCAGUACGGUCAGCACCAACCGACCUCAGACCAUCUCGAUCCACACAUGCAGCUUGGCCAGUAG